CAGGGCAGAUAUACGUGCAAUUACCCUGUCAACGGUGGCUGGAAAUCCCUCGGGCUCCGCGGCGCAAGGUUCCGCGCGAUCGACGAGCAUCGGACCGCGCGACUCUCGACCAGUGAAUUCCGAUCGAUCGGGGGUCGAUCCGCCGACGUACUCGCGGUGCGGUGCGCGCUCCCGGAAAGUGCCGAGACUCGUUCGAAUCGCCGCGGGCGAUCCCGACCGGCCAGUCGAACGACGCCCGCGGGGCCGCGUGGACGCAUCCGGAGACCCCGCGCGCGCGCGCCCGAGCGCGCCCGAGCGCGCCGCCAGCGGGGACCAUGUCGGCCUGAUCGCGGAACCCCGUAGACCCGACCGCCUGCCGCCGACCGCCGACGGGAUGACUCGCCACCUGUGGAUGGACGUGGCCCUCGUUCUUGCGCUCGUCGCAGGUGCAAGGUGCUUGCGGGACGUCAGGUUGGAAGUGGUUCCGGAGGCGGUGCAACGCGGUCACGAGGCGAUCCUGAGGUGCCACUACGACCUGGAGGACGCCCCGCUCUACUCCCUCAAGUGGUACCGCGGGACGCACGAGUUCUACCGAUUCUCGCCCAGCGAGACUCCGGCCACCAAGAUCUUCAACAUCACCGGAAUAGACGUCGACCUGACGAACUCGAACGACAGCCAGGUGAUGAUCCGCAACGUCGACUUCGGGCUCUCCGGCAGCUUCAGCUGCGAGGUCACCGCCGACGCCCCGAAGUUCUCCACGGCCUUCGUCUCCAAGACGCUCACCGUAGUGGCUCUCCCGGAGGGCAGGCCCGUCAUCGUAUCGGAGCGCGAGCGCUACGACCCCGGAGACGUGCUGAGGGCGAACUGCAGCUCGCCGCCCUCGAGGCCAUCCACGAGGCUCUCCUUCACGCUGAACAACGUCCCGGUGGGUCAGCCCUCGUCGAAGCAGUUCCAGCGGCACCUCCAGAAACUGGAUCGCAACGAGGCGGCCUCCGGCAACGGGGACACGGGGCCUCACUGGAGCGAGCUCAGCAUCACCCUGGAGCCGUUUCAUUACGUGAACGGUCAGCUGAACCUGCGCUGUAUAGCCGAGAUACCCGGUAUAUACUCUUCGACGAGCGAAGUCCAGCUGGGCACCGGAUUGCGCGAGCCAGUGCCUGAGAGAGUUACGUCGGAGAAUGGCUGUCACCCCAGCGGGAUGGCCUCCCUGACGGUGGUUUGCAUGUGCGCGAUGCACCUGAUGCUGAGAUAGUCGCGGCACGCCCCAUGCUACCCCAAGGAACGAGCCGCCACCCACGGAGAGCGUACUAGUCAAGAUGUAUCGUUGAUCGACAUGGGUUUACGUCACCUUUUACAUUGGUUUACGUUUAACGACCGUUUAGAGGGGUGUAACGCCGUGGAUCGGGGUGUGUGUACUUAGGAACUUUACGGAGUUUUGUAUGUUCCAUUUGUUAUAUUACCCGUUGACGGCGCGACGUCGCGCGGUCGAUGCGCGCCCCGGCGCCACCCGAGGACCGCUUUCCCGAAACCGAGUCGAGUCGCGAGUCGCUUUCUUCGCGACUUCGAGCCGGUGGACGAGUCGCCCGAGCGGACGGUUUUCAUCCGCCGAUGAAGCAUCGCGGAGAACGACGGGUGUUCUUCGAGCGCGUAUCUUUAAAACGGCAAACUCUGUGUACGUUAUUUAUUACCGGGGGUAGAAAUUCGGCAGAGAGUAGGUCAAUCUGGAACCGAUUCGGCCACCGAACGGAAAAAUCGGAUCCGAGGAAUCCCGAGCGCUCGCAGCGGAGGAGCUACGGAUGAUCUCCCUCCGGGAGAAGAGCGUGGGAUAAAAUUGCACAACGUCGGUCGGAGGGAGGUCCCGAAAAUUCGCGACAAGCCUAUUGCCGCUCGUGUAUCCCUCGUGUACGGGUCGCCGCAAUGAGAACGGAUAAGUAAAUUUCUUAGAGAACGAUAAAAGAAAUCUAUGGACAAUGCGAAAUAUAGAAAACAGAGAGGAAAGCGCAUCCAACCGUUUCACUGCCACCUCGCCAAAGUCUCGCGGCAGAUGAUGCCCUCGGUGCCAUUGUACGUUCACCCGACGAGCUGUAAUUCCUCUCCGAGCAAUUUUCCCCCCUUGCAAAUAAAUACGCCUAUAUAUUUAUGUACAGAGUAACGUUCACGAUCCGCCGUCGAUUGACAAAUCGUCGAGAAACACCGGUCGAGCGUUUCGAGUUGCAGCGUCUUCGGGGCGGGUCGGGGGCGGCCGAGAAAGAGCGCCGAGUAGCCUCGGCGAUCGGACGACGAGGAGGCUGCGAAGAAGAGGUCGAAGAAGUCGACGACGCCGGGCCAAGGGACGGAACCGAGGAGGAGCCGAGGGGCGACCCCGGAGGCACCGCCGAGACCCAAUUAGCGGGUUUCCGACUGCACGGGGGAGCGCACCCGGACACAGGGGGCGGUAUCGCGAUUUAACUCCGGUAUCCGGAGCAGUUUGGACCGGAAACUCGGGGCCCUCGACUAGGGAGGAUUCCUGAGACUCCUGGCACCGGGGUCGCCUCCUCGCGGACCGCUGGUCCCGUAGGAAGUGGCGGUUAUCCCGAAUUCAUCGAUCGUCCCCCCGAGCGUCGUCCGACCGCUCCGCAUCCAAGGAAGGCGCUCUCGCGAGGUCGCGACGCCUCGUCAUGGGCAAAUGUCCCCGGAUUUGCCGAAAAAAGAAGAAACGCCCGUCGUCGCUCGCGCCUCCCGACAACCCCGAGGACUCCGACCACGAGACGCCACGCUUUGGGAGAGAUUAGUGUUAUUAGCUGUACCGUAUAGACGUUAUUCGUGAAACGGGCUAACUUAAGAGAUUUAACGUUUAAGCACCCCGCGCGCAAGGAGUCGGAUUUCUCGUUUCCUGGCCGGGUACCGAGGACCUCUCGCGCUCGAACGGGCCGCACCGUUUGCACCUACGCCGCCGACCUCGAGACGUAAUCACAUCGCGAGUAAUUGCUCGCAACUGCGGAAACUGUCGUAAAACCUCGACUACCGGAAGGACUCGCGUUCCGGAGUGCCCGAAACGCGCUCGCGGUUCGCGGUCGUGGAUGCUAACUUUUGAAGAUCGUUGCGGUUGCCCGCUUCGUCGUCUCCUCGAAUAGCCGCAACGGUACAGCGGGUAACCCUGCAGACGGCUAGAGAUCUUUGCAAAUCGCUUACCGUUACGGUGCCAUUUUCCGACUCGAAACAUUUGCCCUUUUUUUUGUCUCAAUACCAGCUCGAUUACGUUUCGAGGUGCUUCCGGAUCGCGACGGGAGAGGCAACGGAAAUUCCCCGAGGUUGAUUUUCCGGGCGCGAAACGGUCCGCAGGGUCUUCCCUGGAUGCUGCCGCGAGACAUCCGCAAAGCCGGAGAACCGAAAAGCCGACGGGAAGCUCGCCGAGGAUUCGACGCGUUUCGAGAGUCCUCUCUCGGCGGCGUUUUGCGUAAGCGUUCCGUAACUGCGAGCGGAUGCCGACCGAUCGAUUCGCGAGAAAGGUUCGUCCUUCUUUUUCUCCUUCCCGGCAUCCGAACGUUGGAUCGUCGAACCGCGGAGGUUCCCGGGGCCGCGAGAAAGAGAGAAGGAGGAAGGGAGCACUUUCCUCGGUGUCCCGCACGUCGCGCGAGCCGGCCGAGGCUUACUACUUUAUUAAUAAUUAACUCUGUCAUUAAGAUUAAUGAGUGUUCCGCGCGAGAGUUCGCAGGAAGGCACCUCGGAGCGGAGGAAGAGCCCCGAAGUAUCGCGACGCCGUCGGCUCGAGUAAUCUCCAGUGCUUUUCGAGAAGCUGCGAACUCGCGUAUUCCUGGCUGUUAGGCGAGGGUCACUUUCGGACUAAUUUCAUUCCUCCUUCUUCCUUUUUUCUCUUGAGCGCGAAAAUGUCAGAGUUUGCCAGGGUUAUUGCAUUUCCCCGUCACCGCGCGACUAAGCUUCUUUUUCAAACAGUUUUUCCGAAGGAAGGGGUACGUCUCCGAGGGCGUUUUGCUGCAAACGCUCGCGAGCGCAUAUA